AUGCAUGCUAAGCAACCUGGUCAAAGGGUCAAAAAGAACUAUCAUCAGCAAAAAAUUAAGUAUCGUGAAAAUAAAAAAAACAUUUCAAACCAAGAACACAAAGUAAAGUCUAAGAAAGAGAGGCUAAAACUAGAGAAGAAACGUUUGGCAGAAAAAGAAAAGUCUAAGAAAGAGAGGCUAAAACUAGAGAAGAAACGUUUAGCAGAAGUAAAGUCUAAGAAAGAGAGGCUAAAACUAGAGAAGAAACGUUUGGCAGAAGUAAAGUCUAAGAAAGAGAGGCUAAAACUAGAGAAGAAACGUUUGGCAGAAGAAGAAAAGUCUAAGAAAGAGAGGCUAAAACUAGAGAAGAAACGUUUGGCAGAAGAAGAAAAGUCUAAGAAAGAGAGGCUAAAACUAGAGAAGAAACGUUUAGCAGAAGUAAAGUCUAAGAAAGAGAGGCUAAAACUAGAGAAGAAACGUUUGGCAGAAGAAGAAAAGUCUAAGAAAGAGAGGCUAAAACUAGAGAAGAAACGUUUAGCAGAAAGAAAUCAACAAGAAGAUGAUAGCCCAUCGUCUGAAAGCCAUAGAACAAGGUGUAAGAUAUGCCAAAGCGCUCUUGUGGAAGAAAGAAUCACUACAUUUGUUGCGCUAAUGGUUCAGGGUUUACUCAAAGAAUUUUCAACUGUUAAACAAAUGACAGAAUAUGUGCAGAAGCAUCAAAAGAUACUAGAAAUGUCUAUAACGCUAAGGAAGGCAGAAGGAAUGCAGACGCGGGAACAUAAAGGGGUGUACCACCUAAUAAGCUCUACAUCACAUAUGGGAGCAAUAGUUAAUCUAGACACGAUGUCUAAAGGGCUAGAGAUAACAAUAAGAAGCCCGCAUCCAGACUUUAAGAUUGCUUCCAAUAUCCCAUGA